AUGUCAUACAAAGUCGCGUUAUUGUGCCUAACAGUCCUCCUCGGCAGCAAUGCCUUCCCACUUGAGGAGGAACAGGACAUGUCCAUCUUCUUCGACCACACCGACGCCAGUGCUCGCAUCGUCGGCGGCAGCAACGCCGGCAACGUUCCUCAACAGGUGGCGCUGACGACCGGCACCGGGACCCGCAGCUUGGUGUGCGGAGGCAGCAUCGUGUCUAACAGACACGUUCUCACCGCCGCCCAUUGCAUGAGACCCGUUGGUGGAAACAACCCUAGCGCCUCCCUCCGCGCAUGGGCAGGCACCAACCGCUGGGCGAGCGGUGGCACUGGUAUCCAGUUCAGCCGUGGUCUCAUGCACGCGCAGUACAACCACAAUACCAUCAAGAACGACAUCGGCAUCUACACCGCCUCCGCAAACAUCGCUCUCUCCGCUGCCGUCCAAGUCAUCGCUCUGAACUUUGACUUCAUUGGUGCUAAUGUUGCUACCAGAGUCACCGGCUGGGGCAGAACCUCGGCUGGAGGUCCUCUUUCUGCCACUCUCCUGGAACUGCGCGCUUCAACCGUCGACGGUAACCACUGUGUGAACGAGGUCCGUCGCGUGUCUAACCAGGUCGGAAUUCGUGCGCCGCACGUUGACCCCGCCAUCGAGAUCUGUACCUUCCACUCCCCCGGACGUGGUACUUGCAAUGGUGACUCUGGCAGCCCCCUAGUGCGCUCCGACCGCAACCAGCAAAUCGGCAUCGUGUCGUGGGGAAUCCCCUGCGCCCGCGGCGCGCCUGACAUGUUCGUGAGAGUCAGUGCCUACAGGACCUGGAUUCAAAACGCUAUGCGUUAAUUGACAAUUAAUAUUAUAA